CAGUCGCGCUUGUCAUCAUCAAAAUGUGUGGGAUGCGAACUACGACCUAGAACGAGAAUAAAUUACCAUUAAGUGAAUGCUGUGAUAACGACACCAGCAGUUUUCCGUCACAGGUAUAAAGGCACUCUCGUUGACGCACUAAAUAUACGGCUUCCGAUGUCCCAAAUCUCCGAGAAGAUUUGUCUCUCACGCAGUCUAUGGUGAGGUGAGUGGAUACCUUGUUUUGACAACUUCCAUCCAAAGGUUUAGGAGAAUAACAAGAACCAACCUGUGAUAAGGUGAUGGGGAGGCUGAAACACAUUGAUGCAUUUAUGCAGGCACUGUAUUGCUGUCGUAUUUACUGUUUUACGCACAAAGACCAUUGGGAGUUUUGCAAUAUUACGGACGUGUUUUCAGUGGAAUAGCCAGCUCAUGUAGCCCGAAUAGUGAAAUAUUUUCUCCUGCAUUAGUGCUUGUGAAACAAAGCAAAUCCAAAGAUACCCGUUCAGAUCAGUGACGAACCACAUCAAAAAUAUACAAUAUGUCCAGAACGCUGAAAAAGAAGAAACAUUGGUCCAGCAAGGUGCAGGAGUGUGCUGUGUCAUGGGGAAGCCUCGGAGAAUUCGGCAAUGUGGUGGAGGUGCUGGGGGGUGCUGAACACGGAGAGUUCCCUUACCUGGGCCAGAUGAAGUUGGAUGUGAUGUUGUGCCACGUCGGUACAAUGCCCUAUUUCGGUGACGUUUUGUUGGAGAUCAACGGAACACCCGUCAGUGGACUUACAAACCGCGACACGCAUGCUGUCAUUCGCCACUUUCGGGAGCCCAUUCGUUUGAAGACCGUCAAACCAGGGAAGGUUCUGAACACAGACCUGCGCCACUACCUAAGCCUGCAGUUCCAGAAGGGCUCGUUGGAUCACAAGCUGCAGCAGGUCAUCCGAGACAACCUCUACCUGCGCACCAUCCCCUGCACCACACGGCUGCCCAGAGAAAGGGAGGUACCGGGUGUGGACUACAACUUCAUCAGCGUGGGAGACUUCCGUAUCCUGGAGGGGAGCGGCCUUCUUCUGGAGUGCGGAACCUACGAUGGUAACUACUAUGGGACCCCAAAGCCCCCAGCGGAGCCCACCCUGGUACAGCCUGACCUGGUGGAUCAGGUGCUGUUUGAUGAGGACUAUGACAACGAGGUCCAGCGAAAACGCACCACGUCAGUCAGCAAGAUGGACAGGAAGGACAGCGUGGUCCCUGAGGAAGAAGACGAUGAUGAGAGGCCACCUCUGGCCAACGGCCUCCCAGAGCACAAAGAAGGGGCAUCGUGGAGGAAGGCGGUGCCCAGCUACACCCAGUCCAGCAGUGCCAUGGACUUCCGUAUGUGGAGCUCUCUGCCCGGCGAUGACAGCCUGGAACCCCUGCCUCUCAACUGGGAGAUGGCCUACACCGAGACGGGCAUGGUCUACUUCAUAGAUCACAACAGCAAGACCACCACCUGGCUGGACCCCCGCCUGGCCAAGAAGGCCAAGCCCCCAGAGAAGUGUGAGGAUGGAGAGCUCCCGUAUGGCUGGGAGGAGAUAGAGGACCCACAGUAUGGAACAUAUUAUGUAGAUCACAUCAACCAGAGAACCCAGUUUGAGAACCCAGUCCUGGAGGCUAAAAGGAAGCUGAGCCAGGAGACUACUGUCUCUAUCCAGCAGGGGGCACCACCACCUCCAGGUGAGGGGGGUGCGUCAGGCUUCACCCCAGACCCGUCCCAGCUGCAGGGGGAGAUGUUCCACACUGCUCUGAGGAAAAGCUCCCAGGGCUUUGGCUUUACCAUCAUAGGGGGCGACCGCCAUGACGAGUUCCUGCAGGUGAAGAACGUCCUCAGCGACAGCCCUGCUGCCCAUGACAACAAGAUUUCCUCCGGCGAUGUGAUCGUGGAGAUCAACGGGAAAUGUGUGCUGGGGAAGACCCACCCUGAGGUGGUGCAGAUGUUCCAGUCCAUCCCAGUAAGUCAGUAUGUUGAUAUGGUGCUGUGCCGCGGCUACCCGCUGCCCCCAGACGUGGCUGAGGACACAGAGAACCCCCCUCCCCCACCUCCUCCGCCCCUGCAGGGGGGCGAGGUGGUGACUGCCGUGCCCCUCAUCAAUGGCCAGCCCCUGCUGGUGAAGGGCGACGUGCUGCACGGCUCCUCCCAGGAGCUCCACUACGUCACCACCGACGCCAGUGGACGGCCCAUGGUGGCCGCGCUGCCCAACGGGAGGCUCUCUGAGCAGGGGGGAACAGGCCUGCUGCAGCCCGAGCUGGUGAGCGUGCCCCUGGUGAAGGGCCCGGGAGGGUUUGGCUUUGCCAUCGCAGACUGUCCCCUUGGCCAGAAGGUGAAGAUGAUCCUAGACGCCCAGUGGUGCCGCGGCCUGCUUAAAGGGGACGUGAUCAAGGAGAUCAACCGUCAGAAUGUUCAGACUCUGAGCCACGCCCAGGUGGUGGACAUCCUCAAAGACCUACAGGUGGGGAGCGAGGUCAACGUGCUGGUGCUCAGAGGAGGUCAGACAUCUCCUGUGAAGAGCCUGAAACCUAGGCAGGAAAUGACAUCUAGCACAGAGACUCUGGACUGUGUCACAGACUCUGCCCCCCAGGCCCUCCCUUUCCACUCCAACACUUCAACCCUGCACAACAACUCCCCCAAACGAGACGCCACAGAGAUGUACCUCAAGUCCAAGGCCCUGCUGGAGAGCAAGCAGCCUCACACCAAAGACCUGGAUGUGUUCAUCAAGAGGGACCAGGAGACUGGCUUUGGCUUCCGUGUUCUGGGAGGAGAAGGUCCAGAGCAGCCAGUGUAUAUUGGUGCCAUCGUGCACCUUGGUGCAGCUGAGAAGGAUGGACGCCUGAGGGCUGGUGAUGAGCUCAUAGGCAUCGAUGGAAUCAUGGUCAAGGGCCGUUCCCACAAGCAGGUUCUGGACCUGAUGACUAACGCUGCCCGCAAUGGUCAGGUCAUGCUGACCGUGCGUCGGAAAGUCAUCUACAGAGAUAUGACUGAGGAGGAGGUAGGGCUCCACAUGGCUCCAGUGUUGGUGAACGGCUCCCCCAGACUCCCUCGUAUCCAGAUGCCCAGUGUGCUGGACCACGAGUCCUUCGACAUCACCCUCCACCGCAAGGACAGCGAGGGCUUCGGCUUCGUCAUCCUCACCUCCAAGAGCAAGCCCCCGCUAGGGGUGAUCCCUCAUAAGAUUGGACGCAUCAUCGAAGGCAGCCCCACUGACCGCUGUGGCCUGUUGAAUGUAGGCGACCGCAUCUCGGCGGUCAACGGGCGGUCCAUCGUGGGGCUGUCUCACAAUGACAUCGUUCAGCUCAUCAAGGAUGCUGGCAAUGCUGUCACCCUUACUGUGGUUCCUGAGGACGAAUACAAGGGCCCUCCCUCUGGUGCCAGCUCAGCCAAGCAGAGCCCCGCCCCUCAUCACAGAGCUAUGGGUCAGAGGUCAGCUACGCAUGACGAGCGUUAUAACCUAGAUCUGGAGGAGGAGAAGAGGGAGGGAGUCACCUGGGCCGACUACAAAACUCUGCCUCUGAGCGAACAGGGAACAAUGUGUGUUACAGGCCCCAGACAGGGCUGUAUCACGGUGGAGCUGGACCGGGGGUCCCGGGGUUUUGGCUUCAGUCUGAGGGGAGGGACAGAGUACAACAUGGGCCUGUACAUCCUGAGACUGGCUGAGGAGGGGCCUGCCCUGCUGGACAGCAGGAUCCAUGUGGGGGAUCAGGUAGUGGAGAUCAAUGGAGAACCGACCCAGGGGAUCACCCAUACCCGCGCCAUUGAGCUGAUCCAGGCUGGAGGCAGCAAAGUGCUGCUCCUGUUAAGGCCAGGGCAGGGUCUGGUACAAGACAACAGUAAAUUGGAUCCAACUGUCACUUCAUCCACAAGCUUUCCUAGAGAGGCGCUUGUCUCAGAGACAUCCCCUCUCGCUUCUCCAUUCUCCACCUGCACCUUCACCUCAGGUUCCUCCUCUUUCACCAGUGAGACCCCUGACUGGAACCCCCUGUCCCACCGAACGCUCCACCCCCAGUGCAGCAGGGGCACUGGCUCAGUGGAGUGGAAUGGAGAGUGGGCAGACAGGCAGGCUGACAGGCUCUCUCCCAUCACCCCUGAGCAGAUCAACCUCUAUAAGGUCAAACCAGGUCAUACCAGGUCUAAAGACUCCAAGGAGCCCAGCAGCCCAAAGAAAACAGGUGAAACAUUCCCUAAAGCCAAAGAGCACUCACAGAGUCCCAAAAAGUCUGAAAGGAAGGAACAGGAAGCAGAGCCAAGCAAAAACAGGAAGUCCCACUGCCAGAAAGGAAGUUGGUCACCCAGCCCCAAGAAGUCUUCUCGAAAAAGACAGGAAGCCUCGAUCCAGUUGCAGGUACAGCAGAGCACAUCAAAGGAGCUUUCCAGCAAGGAGCCCUUUGAUGAAAACAAAAACAGCAAAAGGGGAGAUUCAAAGGGCAGGAAAAGCACACAGGAGAGAGAAGGGAUAACGCGAAAGACCAAGGCUGCCCAUGGCCAGGUCAGUAUUGAAAAGAAAGUGGGGACAGAGGCAGGACAUCACAUGCCAACCCCUAUGGAGACAGGGGCAUGGAGAGAUAUUCUGAAAGUUACUCUAGAGAAGAGUAAACCUCAAGAUGGAGAAAAGGAAAAACGCAAAGAGCAGACAAGCAAAAAAUACAUAGGGGCUUCCUUAAAAGAGGGAAAGACUAGAAAAUAUUAUGAGGCCUCUACAACAGAGGAAAAGAGUAUAAAAGACACACAGGCCUCUCCAAAUGCCAUUCAGCAGGAUACUCUGAACCAAAAGGGUCAGAUUAGCCCGGGCCCCUGGAAAGUCCCCAGCUCAGACAGAAUCCUCUCCCAGGCUGUGGUGCUGCGUAAUCCCCCUUACUGAUACAGUAUGGACAACACUGUGUGGACACAUAAUACACAGACUUGAGCUGUACCACAACAUGCUGUAUAUUGUUGGUCUGUUUCUUUCUCCAAUGAGAGGGAUGGACGAGGAAUGGCAGGCAACCUUAUCGGCCAUGUGUCAUGUCCAUCUGUGUCCGUGAAGAGGACUCUCUUCCUGCCUCGUGUGCUGCUUCAGACAUCUCUGAUCUGGGCCAUACGCAUGUUUUGAAUGUUUAGGGCCUAUUCUUGUGGAAUGAAAACUAACCAUACUUCACCCAUUAUAAUGCAAUUAUUAUCCCAUAUGCGACCAAGCAGAAAGGUAUUUAACACACACAAAGUUAAGCUGUCAGUAAAGGUUUUAUUUUCAUGUUGGGUAUCUACAGCAAGCACCUUGGGAUUGGCCUUUUCACAUGGCACUCUUUUCCCAAGGGAUUUGCUCAACUGCAUGCAGUCCGUGCGUUUAUUUUAUUGCACGCCUUUACCACUCCACUGAGUAUGAUCCUUUCACCUGAUGUGAAAAUACUGAUGCCGAAGUUCUGACCUUAUAACCAUGUAGAGAUUUCAGACUAUCCAGAAAGCAUUAGCUUUACGAAGGAUUCUAGACUGUUCUAAGACAAUAGACAUGAUUCGUGAAUACAAAAUGUAUCAUUACAAAAGACCAGAAACUUGUGGUUUGAGAUAUUGUUUACCAUGUGUAUGAUAACCUAUGUGUAAUUUAUUGAAAUUAUAGAUUAAUAUAGAUAUACAGUACCAGUCAAAAGUUUGGACACACUUACUCAUUCAAGGGUAU